UUUUUCAGGGUUUCUUCUUAAUACAAAACGGUGAAGAUGACCCCGAAACAUGAAAAACAAGAGUUUGUGACUGUCUUGGUGCGAGACCCUAGGACACAGAAAGAAGACUCUUGGCAUUCAUACAUAGACUACGAGAUAUUCAUUCAUACAAACAGCAUGUGCUUUACAAGGAAAACCUCCUGUGUUAGGCGACGCUUUCGAGAAUUUGUUUGGCUUCGACAGAGGCUUCAGAGCAAUGCUGUGCUAAUACAACUCCCGGAACUGCCGUCCAAAACUCCCUUUUUUAACGUGAACAAUCCCCAUCACGUGGACCUUCGUCGUCAGGGUCUUCAAGAAUUCCUUGAAAAGAUCCUACAAAAUGCAUUAUUGCUUUCGGACAGCAGGCUUCACCUCUUCUUACAGACUCAGCUAAGUCCUGAAGAUAUGGAGGCUUGUGUAUGUGGACAGACCAAAUAUUCUGUUGCUGAUGCGAUCCAUAAGUUUGCUUCUCUGAGCAGACGUUUUCCUAUAGAAGAUGAAGAAAGAAAAAAAGAAAAAAAUGAUGCGGACUCAGAUUCAGAGAGUUCAUCCUCCGGGCUUGGACAAAGUGAUGACAGCGUUUCACGUGGAUGUAAAGCAAGCUCAGCUUCUGAAGAAUCGUGAAAAAUCGUUUCUGCGUUGCCCUCUGAAGGACAGUACAAAGUGGUUUCUGCUGCGUUCACUAGCUGCGUGCCCCACGUA